AAGUAGAGAACAGAGAGUACACUCGAACAACGACGCGGAACAAAUCAUAUCGGCAUCAUCAUAGCCGUGUCUUUGGUUCCAUCGAGCUUGAAGUGAAGUCAGUCCCUCCUCCUGUCCCAUCUGCCUGGCCUCUCAAUAACAGCUCGGAUUAAUCCGAUCUCUCUCUCUCUCUCUCUCUCUCGGAAGUGAUUUGCUGACUCUCUUCUCUGUGGCUGGAACUGUCCCUGAGCAAUGGCUUCGUCUCUGACCGCAGCUUCAGCUUCGGCCUCAGGUGUCAGCAAAGCCUCCGCCAAUUUGCGUCGCUUAAACAACAAUCACCCUCUAUCCAAGCUUUCAUUUCGUCUCUCUCCUAAGCCUAAUUUCCUGUUUUUAACAGAGGGUUUACGACAUAGUCAGAACUGUUCCACUGUGGUAAAAGCCCAAUUGAAUGAGGUAAGGUUCUUUCAAUGGUUUUCAUUGGAGGAUCUGUUUUCAAAUAUUCAUUCCUUCCUGGACACGCUUUUGGCAUCAUCUUUUUCCUUCAAGGUUGGUGUUGAUGGAUCCUCAAAUGCUGCUGCUACUCACCCCCCAACCAAGUCAGAAGUAGUGGCACCAGAAGCAAAGGAUGCUAACCCAUCAAAUGACCCUUCUGGAGCUUUAGCUACAGAGGAAUCAAUCUCUGAGUUCAUUGCUCAAGUUUCAAGUCUUGUUAAGCUUGUUGAUUCAAGAGAUAUAGUGGAGUUGCAGUUGAAACAGCUUGACUGUGAAGUUCUAAUCCGUAAAAAGGAGGCCUUACCUCAACCACCACCUCUUGCACCAGUUACUUUUACGCAUUCACAUGCUCCAUUAGUGGCACCCUCAGCCCAACCUGUACCGGCACCUGCACCUGUUCCUUCCCCAGCUGCUGCAGUCUCUGGUACAUCAACUUCAUCUGCUGUCAAGUCAGCCAAGUCAUCACUUCCACCUCUUAAAUGCCCCAUGGCAGGGACGUUUUACCGAAGUCCAGGCCCUGGAGAACCUGCAUUUGUGAAGGUUGGAGACAAGGUACAGAAGGGACAAGUCCUAUGCAUCAUUGAGGCCAUGAAAUUGAUGAAUGAGAUAGAAGCGGAUCAAUCGGGAACCAUAGUCGAGAUCCUUGCAGAAGAUGGCAAGCCUGUCAGUGUUGACAUGCCUCUGUUUAUAAUCGAACCUUAGAGCUUGACAUUCAAGUACGCAUAGAUGGACCACGGCGUUUUGAAAGAUGAUGCAGUGGGAAACAUUGUGAGAUUUAGCAGUGUUUCAUUUUGGUAUAAUGGUUUGUUUGAAACAAGAAGUGGCUAGAGUUGAGAGGGACUUAUCAUUUAAUGAAUUAUUACAUAGUUGUUUGUUUGAAACAAUGUUGUCCUAAUAUGAUUUGUGCAAUAGAUACUGAAUAUAGGUUCAGUUCCGGCUUA